AGAUCGAAAGUACAAAGAAUGGCAAAAACCGAGGCUUCUAGUUUGGUGGGGAAGCUUGAGACAGACGUGGAGAUCAAAGUUUCAGCUGGAAAAUUCCAUAACAUGUUCGUCGAGAAACCACACCAUGUCUCCAAAGCAACUCCAGGCCACAUUCAAAACUGUGAACUGCAUGAAGGCGACUGGGGCAAAGUCGGCACUGUCGUCAUCUGGAACUACGUUCAUGGCAAGUCAAAUUUAUACACAUUUUUAAAUGGGGUGGCAAAGGUGGCAAAGGAGAGGAUCGAGGCGUUGGAGCCGGAGAAGAACUUGAUCACGUUUAGGGUUUUGGACGGUGAUCUGAUGAAAGAGUACAAAAGCUUUGUGAUCACAAUCCAAGUGACCCCUAAGCAUGGAGGGUCAGGGAGUAUUGCACACUGGCACCUUGAGUAUGAGAAAAUUAGCGAGGAGGUGGCUCACCCUGAGACUCUUCUCCAAUUCUGUGUCGAUAUGUCCAAAGGGAUCGAUGAAUAUCUCUUGACCGAAGAAGUGUGAAUUGCUCCCCGUGUGGCUUUGUAACUGUGUACGUCUUAAGCAUAUAUGCUUAAGCUAGUUUGUGAAACUGCAAUAAAUCAUGAGCUUUGUCCGAGUUUGGGUAAGAGAUAUACGUCGGUGUGUGUUUGUAAUUUUGUAUGCAAUGAAUAAGCUGUGUUCCA